AUAAAUAAAAAUUAAAAACAUUGAAACAUAAUUGACAACAAAAAGUAAUUUUUGGCUACUAAAAAUGAAAUAAAAAGUUUUCGAAAUAAAUCUACACAUUUAGGUGUGUAGUUUCUUAAAUUUUGUUCUAUUCAAAACAAUAUGUAAUACAAAGUUUACCAUUCAGCAGUGAAAUUAAUGGUAUAGACGCAGUAGUUUAUUAUGGAUGCUUCGGCAUCCGUAAAAGCAGAUGCCGAAUGUAACAAAUUGUUCAGUGUUUAUGUAAAAAUACAAAAUCCAUUUAUUGCAAACAGCAAACAUAGGAGCUCAGUGGUUAAAUAUACUAGACUAUCGGAAUUGGACUUGAAUCCCAAGGGGCCAUGGACUGAAAACAAAUACACAUUGGAACCAAGACUGCGUCGUAUUAUCGCAAUCGAGGAACCAAAUGUAGAAACUACUAGAUCUCUGAAAUCCAAUGUUGCUCUUGUUCCAAAGAUGUUAACUACAGGGUAUUCUAAGAGGAAAAUUGUCACCAUUGAAGAAGAUGAUAAUCCAAGAUUUUCACGUGAUGUGAAAACGUCUUAUUCAAAGAUGAUAAAUAGAGCAGUAGAAACUGGAAUGAAAGAUCAGAAAUUGACUCAUAGAACUACAUCAAGAUUGUCAAAUGCAGCUAAGUACUCUCCAGACGCAAAGCAAAAUACUAAAACAAAUUCCUUAAGUGCUAGAAAGGAGAUGAGUGUUCCAAACUUCAGAAGUAAACAAACUAAAGAAAACGACCCAAAUUUGAAAGGUAAAGAAUCGCAGCGCUUUAUAAGAAACACGAGUGUAACAUCGAAAACUAAUCAAGGCAAGAGAGUAAACACCACUGACACUGAAAGAGCAAUCCAAACAAUAAAAAAUAAAUUAAAACAGGAUAAUAAAGAACUAAUUAAACGAAAUGAACCCAAAGAAAAGUUUUCAAAAACAUCACAAGAACAGAAUCGAGUAAAAAGCUCAGUGAUUAAAGAAAUAUGUGAAAGAAAAAAGCCUAUAACUAUAAUACAUGUACCACUCGAAGAAGAUUUAACAAAAAAAGAUCUGUUAAACCAAUUGUUAGCUGAGGAAUACAUAGAGAACAUGUAUGAUAAAAAUAUAGUUGAAUGUAUGAAAGAACUUGAAGAAAUAAACACUUUUAAAGAUGUCAAUGUAGGCACAGAUCCUAUUAAAACACUUGAUCAGAUUACUGAAACUGUCUGUGAUUUUACUCAAAACAGUCACUCAAUUAGUGAUGAAGUUAGGGAUAAAACAACAUUUGAUAGUCUCGAAAUACCAAACGUAACAUUAAUAAAAGAUAAGGAACCCAAAGAAAAUAUAGUCAAUUUCAAUAGUCAAUCACUACCCAAUCUCAAAGCUCCCCCAUUAACAAUUACACCAGAUCUAAAAGAAAAGCUCCAGAAUGAACAGUGCUUCCGAAAAAGCACUUCCUAUAUAAUAAGCACUGCAACACUUACAUACACAACCAAACAAAAAAUUAACUUCCACGUUGUUGAAAACGAAAUUGAUAUGAAUUUGCCGCCAUGUCCUGUUUCUUAUCCAAUGAACGUAAUAUCCGUUUACAAUAAAGAAAUGAAAGACAAGCUAUCGCAUGACAAUACACUUAAUCGGCAGGAGGAACAGGAUACUAAUAAGCAGCAGAGCAAUGAUACACAAUACCCACAAAACAAAUUGCCCGUAUGCCCCAAGACCUAUGAUCACAAUCAAUUAAUGAAACCAUCGGAUAUAAUUAGCUCAAUAAAAGCUGAGAAUAGUUUAGUACCCAAUGACUACAUUAAUGAGCAGUUUCAACGCGAAUUAAAUUUUAUUGACUCGUUCCUCGAGUCUCUGCAAUAUUUAGAAAAUUGUUCCUUAACCGAAAAUAGAAUAACCCAGAGUAGUGUUGACGAUCUAGUAAAUAAUACAUAUGACUUGAAGAAACUGGAGUACGAUUCGUUUUUCUCCAAGUUUGAUAAUUGCCAGAAUGUUGAUGAUCGCGAAACAAUGGCUUCGAAAAGUCUUUGUCUGCUCAAUUUACUCAUACGCGAUGAGCAAAGAAGAGCGAAGAAUCUCUUAUUUGUGCUGAAGAUGCGAGAGGAUGCCCUCAAAGACUUCACAAAAUCACAGAUACUUUGGCUCGAGAAUAGAAAAAAGCAAGACAAUACCGAUAUUUCAACUUUAAAGAAGAAACAACGAGGUGCAUUGCUAAAGCUACAACACGAGUGUGGUGAAAUGCAACGUAUGCGUAAAGCUUUACUGACAUUAUCAGAGAAACGGAAGGUAGCUCUAAUGAAAACUAAGAGAAACAUCGAGUUGAAGUUCAAGAACCCAGUUGACGUAGAACAAAUUAUAAUAGAAAAAAGAAAAUUGAAGCGGAGCAUAUCUACCGACAGAAAUACGGCGCCUCUGAAGUGUUUUGAUUUGUCAAGCAGUGGAUGUGAGGAAAGCACAACAUCCCGGCCAAAGUCUCUAACUCCAGCCUGUAUACUUAAACCAGCGAUAGAAAGUUCUCAAAGUGCUGAAAAAUGCAUACAGACUGGAGACAGCAUAUUAACUUCCUCCACCAUCAACCAAUCCACAAAUACUGCUGAUGAAAAUUUUGUAGUCGUUGAUGGUGGCUAUUUAAAUAUUCUAUUUCAAAAUUUAACUUUACCCGAAAUCUUUAGCAGUGGAAAACAAUACGAGGUAAAUGAAGAGGCUCUUAAAAAUAUAGUCGCAACCACAAAUAGUCAACAUAUUAAUAUAAAAGAGGGAGAUGUUAUCAAAAAGUUUAUGGAUCAGGUCAAAAGUCAAGAUGCUGAAAGAUCAAGCAGUCCUUCGACAGCUCGUAGUUUAGUGGAGGAGUUGGAUCUGUAUUAUAAAGGUUUAUCGGAGAAGGAGAAGUCUCCAAUAUCGUCUCCUGAUAAUGGUGUGAUUACAUGUGAAGUGAAAGACAUUGGUGUUCAAAUGUGUGAUGAAGCUAAUUGGCAAGAAGAAGCAGCAAAGAGUAUAAAUGAAGAUGUAUCAGUGAAUAAGUCUAGUCUAGAAUCUGCGAAGGUAGCCUGUAUGUGUGAACCAUUGUCAACAUCAGCGGAGACGCAGUGUGUGAAAGGUAGAGAUGAGCCCAGCGGCAGUGUGGCAGGACCACUUCCCAUUCCUGCGGGGGAAGCUGCAGUAGUCGAGUCUACACCACCUGAUCAGCUGACAUGGAAUCAACAGAAAGUUUCAUCGUCGUCUACUUCACCAGGGGAAAGUAGCAGUAUCGGUAGUCCAAUACUAUACCCCAGCGUGUCGUCGCUCGUGUCGCCCGCGCAGAGCGAGGCUGAGGAGCUCCGUAGGCAGCAGCUCGCUAUCGAACGAGAGAUAAAAGCGUUAGAACAGCAACAAUGUCAACUGCUCGUGGUCCGCGAAAUACCGGACAAACCGCCGCCCCCUUACACGCCUCCGUCAGAAACGAGAGCGCCCAAACCGCGAAAAUUCACCGUAGACUCCGCUGUUGAGGAGAAAAUCCACGAAUACAUUACAAAAUCGAUCCCAUCGGAAUUGGAGAACGUCGAUUCCUUCGACGCGUUCCUUAAGGAUUAUUGCCAGGAAUCUCGUGACAGGCAGAAGAAGGAACGGGGCGAUAAGUUUUGGGACACCUGCCACGAUCUGCCGCCGAAGCCGCGGCUCGAUGCGGAGAAGUUAGCCAGGAAAACUAGUGCAGAUCUGAAAGAAGUGCUUACUGGUGUGACGCCUAGCACUGUUUCGGGUGUUGGUGCGAGACGCUCAGAUCACAUCGACGACAUUUUGUUCGCGGAGUGGCGCCGCUGCGAGCCCGAGUGGACCUCGCUGCACACCGACGAGGUCAUUGUGAAAAACCAACUGUUCGAGACCAUCUUCCAAAAAAUCCUCACGGAAACCGUAGACGAGUACAAGAGAACGGUCCUCGCCAAAAAGGACACCGUACACGUCAAUGACACGCUGUAAUCGUGCAAUAUAAUGUUAUAUACCUAGCGUAAUUCUUCAGUUAUGUGUAAUCCGCGUUGUAUGUUCGUUGUUCUAGGAUCUAGUAGAGAUGUGCAUUCAAAAUGAAGUCGAUGAAUUGUUAAAUUAUUUAUUUUAGCGAUAAUAUUGAAAAAUAUCACAUAGUGCUUACAUUUUAUACUCGCUAGAUCUAUAAAUAUUUUAUUCAUUAAGCAUGGUAAUUAAUGUAUUACAAUAAUAGUUGCAUGUUUCUACAAUAUUUUAUAAUGUUUUACGUGUAAUUAAUAUCGCUUUCGAUGUAUAGUCAUUAUUAUAUCGAUGAAAUUGUGUAUGUUGAUAUGUUAAGCAUAAAUUUUGUUUUGUUAAAACUCGUUCUCUUGUUCAAUAUUACAGUAUAUUGUGAUUAUAGAUUUUCAUGUGGGCAUUUAUAUAGUUAUACCACGUUGUUAUAUUUUCUUUUCUUAUAUGCUAUAUCUACUUAGAGAAAUGAAGACACUUAAGUAUUAAAACUAAUUAGAAACAAUUUUUAAACAAUAGUAACGAGACUAGUAAAAGCCUACAAUUAUCUACAAUAAAUUAUUUUUCCGAACUUAUAAAAUACUUCCUAGGAUCAGUCGCCGAGUUUUGUAGAACAAAAUUUAGUUAUAGUUCCUUAUUUUAUACAAAUAAAGGCCAUUUUUAACA